GAGAUAAGCAAUUUGAUUGGUUGAUGCUUUGGGACACGUUAACUUUAGUUCUAAUUAAGUGAGAGUGAGGAUACUUGAUGUCUAGUUUUAUCACAUCAAUACCUUGACUAAGUUCAAUAAUAAGCAUUUUCUGCUUAGGGUAAGCGGAGCGAUAAGCAAUUUGAUUGGUCGAGACUUUGGAACACAAUAACUCUUUGGAGUCAGUUAACUUUGAUUCUAUCUGAUAGAGAGUGAUGAAACUUGGUGUAUAGUUGAUAAUCGGUUUGAUUGCUUGAUACUUUUGAAAAAAAUAAAUGUGCGAUUAAUUAAUAUGUGUCAUCUAUUUAUUUGGGGAUUUUGAUGGUUUCGAUUGUGAUGUCUCUCCAACAGCAGCAGUAGUAGUGGUUACAGUAGGCCCACAAGGAGAUGUUUUGAGAGUGACUUCCAAUUCUCCAAACUGUACUAUCGGAUCAAUUGCAAAAGAACACAGAUCAUAAAAUUAAUUUUACAUUGUAGCUCAUUCAAAUACAACAGACAGCAAUAAACGGAACUGAGUAAAGAAAUUAGAAUGAUUAAUAGAUAUUUUAAGCGAUUAAGUCAUGGAUUUUACAAGUAUCCUUCCUGAAGAAGUAACUGAACAGAUUUUGUCUUAUUUAUCACCAACAGAUUUAGCAUCUGUCAGUGAAACAUGCUGUAAAUGGAGAGAAAUAACUAAUGUUAAUACAUUAUGGCUUCAUCAUUGUUUGGUCAGAGGCUGGUUAAAGUUUGGUCUAGCGUGUGAUCUGAUACACGAAGAACCAUUAUAUCCAAAAGCUACUAAUGUGUCUGGAACCUCACCAGUAUUUGUACUAGAAGUUCCAAGAAAGACUUCAUUAACUCCUAUAUGUAAGUGGAAAAAUAUUUUCAUUCGUGUAAAACAUUUAAACCGAAAUUGGGCCAGAGGUUGUUAUACUGUUGCACCAAUUUUAAGAGGUCACAAAGAAAAGGUCACAGCACUAGAGAGUAAUGGUCAAAUUAUAGUUAGUGGAAGUGAUGAUAAAUCACUGAAGAUCUGGAAUAUACAAACUUGUAAAUGUCUUCAUAGUAUAGAAGCCCACUCAGAUACAAUUACAUCUAUUAAGUUAAAGGAUCGUUUAAUUGUAACAGCAUGUGCAGAUGGAAGUAUUCGAUUAUAUGAUGCCACAACUGGAAGAGAAUGUUUAUCAUUUAUAGGACAUGCAGGCAGUGUAGAUCAUAUCACCUUGGUAAACCAAUACAUCAUUAGUGCUGGAACCGAUAAAACUGUUAGGGUGUGGUCCAUUCUGGACAGAAAUUUAAAAUGCACUAUGUAUGGUCACUCAGAUGAUAUUGAGUGUUUGUCUAGUAAUGAUAAUCUGGUAUUGUCUGGUUCCUGGGAUAAUACAUUAAUAUCAUGGGAUAUACAUAAUGGAACAAUGAUACGUCGCUUUGAUGGGCAUAAGGAAGUUGUUACUUGUUGCCAGUUUGAUAAGAAUAAAGUUAUUAGUGGUAGUGCUGAUAGUGAUGUAAGAAUAUGGCAGACAAGAACUGGUAUUUGUGUUCAUGUAUUAUCUGGUCAUACAGGAGAAAUAUAUUGUGUUGUAUAUAAUGAGAGUGUAAUAGCAUCUGGUUCGUCCGAUAGUACUAUCAGAGUAUGGUACCAUACAGGAGAAAUAAAAUCAGUAUUAAGACAACAUCUAGGAGUAGUAAGAUGUUUGUAUAUUAAUAGUGAUAGACUGGUUAGCGGUGGAGAUCAAAAGAAAAUAGUCGUAUGGGAUUAUAAGAAAGGGGAGCUGUUGAAUGUUGUUCAUCGUCAUCCUACUCUUUUACAUCUGAUGCAUGUUAGUGAUACAAAACUUAUAACAGCAUCUCCUGAAAGACCUGGAACUAUAACUAUACUUAGUUAUUGGUAACAGACUAUGAAACUAUGACCAGUAACCUUAAUGAUGUGUAGAAAUAUAGCAAUGUACACGACAUAGAUAUCAUCCGUAUGAUUCUGGACAUUGAGCCUCCCUCCUAUGUGCGUAUUGAUAAAAUACAUUUUAUUUAAGACUCUUAUGUCCGUCAAACCUCAAGAGGUCUUAAUAUUGUUGUGAUAUUUAUGUAGCAUUUUGCGAAAAGAUGCGGCUGCGAUACUCUUCCAUUAAAGCACUGUGACUGCACUUUCAAGUACCACACAAAGUCUAUUCUUUAUUUUAUAUCAUCCAUCAAUGAUAGGAAUAUUUUUUUUCAACAGCUUGUAUAUAUAAUACAAUAGCUAGCUAGGUCUUAUUGCAUUUAAUUUGCCGACUCAAUAUAUUCCAAACACUAGGGAUUGCGUGGGGUACCAGUAUUGUUAACUGGUGUACUUAAUGUUACACUGGUUUUCGUUACGACACUAGACCAACAGAUGACACAGAAUGUCCCGUGUUAGGACGACAGUGUAAGUGAAUAUCUCUUUACAUUUGAAAUGUAAAAGAAGAGUAGAGGUAACGUGUAAAUGUCUCGUCAUCAACAUCAUGAGCUGGAUAGAUGGGGGUUGUGUUUAAAAUAUAUAUCAACAUCAAAUGUUCACAUAUAAAUAUAUAUCUUGCCAUCUUCAGUUCCAAACUAUUUCCGAAUUGAACACAUCAAGAAAUUACCGUAACCCUUAGCAAAUUUCUCGUCCCUAGCAUCCAUUAAUGAGCUGGAUAGAUGGAGUUAUGUUAACGAUAUGAGUGGACAGUCAGCUUAUAUGAUUUAAUGUAUGUCAGAUUGAGGUAAAGUGGAGAAUGUUUUAUCUGGACGUAUGUUUACGGUUUAUAAUUGCAUAAAUAAAUAAAAAAUACUUCCAGGUAAAAAAUUCUUCACUUAUUCUGACAUACAUUAAAUCAUAUAAGCUAGCUCCGUCUUCAUUAGCCCAAUAUAGGAGCAGAACAGUAGGACGUUAAACCCCAUUUCAUUUCAUUUCAUUUCUCUGCCUUCUAUAGGCGUCUUCAGAUAUAAAUAAUGUAUACAAAAUAUUGAAAAUACCAUACAUAUAUACUCUUCAAAAAAAAGUAGGGGACAUUCAGAAACAAUACAAAACUGCGGAAAUGCACUGCUGUUUUUAUUAGAGGUAAUCAGUGUAUGUUAAUCACAGGCCAGUUACCUACACAUGAACAUAAACAGUUCAUAUGGGCGACUUAUCUGACGCCCCCAUUUCACUUGCAAAGAGAUACACCGUCAAAAGUGAAAAUGGACGUUUUUGAUUUUUGUCUUAAUAAUGAGUAAUUGCUCCACCAAUCCUCAGACAUUCAGCAAUUCGUCGUGGUAUGCUCCUAAUCAACCGUCCAAUCACGAUUUGGGGCAAUCUGAACCACUCCUCUUGCAGUGCCACGGCCAAUUCUUGCAGUGUUUUCCGUUGAAGUUGACGAACACGUCUCCCGAUCAAAUUAAACGUAACACACUAAAGCAAAGAUACGCAGAACAGUAAAUCUUAUGCAGGAACCGAUAGGAAAGCAAGCAUGGAUAGAUAAACCAGCACGCGGCAGUUUUCAUCAACUCUUACUUGAAGUGUCAAAUUUGACAAUUGAAUGAACCCCUCCCACGUGUAUGGCGAUGUUGCGUGUCGCAUGUGCAGCUCAGUGAUUCUGUUGGGGCGAUAAGUUCUUCAUCUGUGAACAUACUCUCAAAGCAUGUCAAAUGUCCAUGACUAUUUAUCACAUCGCAACCUGCAUAGGUAUUUGCAUUUCAAUAUCCUCUACUUUUUUUGAAGGGUAUAUAUAUAUACAUUCUUAGAAUAAUAGAUUUCCGUGACAAUGGAUUAUAAAUAAUAUUAGGUAACGUACAACAAUUAAUUUACCAGUCCUUCUGGUAUAGUUUGACAAUAGCCAAUGCAGGAAUGCAUCCAAUGUGCACAUAUCAAUAUAUAUCUUCAUGUCUUCUGUUCCAAAUUGUUUCCUAAUUCAACACAUCAAGAAAUUGGUACAUUUAAAUACUGAGGACCCCAGUUCCUUGAAGAAAAUUAGAGAACGGUGAUAUAGUUCAUACCGGUAGAUCACUGGACAGUCCGAAACCUCCCGAAACUACAGCUAUUCACGUGGCUCGGGUAGGUUUGUGCUGGUCCAAGUUGCCUUAGUUAGGCGCGGUUUUGGGUGGUACAAGUGCCAUAGGUUUAGUGUAAAAAGAUUAGAAUCCUCCGAAUUCGGACGAAGAUUUAUACAUGUAUAUAUUUAUACAUUCGUAUUAGGUUUGAAAUUGUAACUGUUUUAUAAAGUAUUGAACUAAGCCGAUCCCCAACAUUUAAAUCAGAUUAUUCGUCUUCCCAAUUUCACAUUUAAUUUAAGAAGACUGAAAUACCAAAGAAAACUAGAAAAUAAGUAUUACUGUAAAUGGUAUGUUCUCUAUAUAAAAUAAGUAUUACUAUAAAUGUUAUGUUUUCUAUGGAGAAUAUAUACUAUUGUAAGUGUUAACUUUUCUUUUCUAUAUAAAAUAAGUAUUACUAUAAAUAUUAUGCUUUCUGUACAAAAGAAGUAUUACUAUAAAUGUUAUGUUUUUUGUACAAAAGAAGUAUUACUUAUAAAUGUUAUGUUUUCUAUGCAGUAUAACAAUCACUAUAAAUAUUAUGUUUUCUAUAUAAAAUAAAUAUAUGUUUCUAUAUAAAACAAGUAUACUAUUCAAGUUUAUGAUUCAUAUAGAUAUUGUUUUAUUUGAGUUUCUAAUUUAAAGAAAACUUUAUUUUAAUAAUUGAUUUUUUUAAAAUGCUAAUAAAUGAUUUAUUUUACGGUUUCAAUAUUUGUGUUACAAAUGGAUUAGUUCAUAUAAUUUUCACCAGUAUCGGCAUCGCGUACCUUCAUCAUAAUCAGCAUUAAUACCGUUAUAUAAGAAACAGGACGAUGAUGACUACGACAAUGACAACUCAGUAAAAAAAAUCAAUACUUGAAGCUAAUUGAUACUACGAGUAAAUGGAAAUCGGAUAGGUUAGCGUGUAUGCUUUUAUUACAUCAAUUGAAGAAUUCGAAAGUUAGAAUUUUAUUGCAUCGAAACUUCAUUUGAGAAC